AUGUCUAUCAGCGCAUUGCUGAACCCGCCACAACACAAACCAGAACCAGAGGCUCUAUCAACAGACAUCCAGUUCUCACUUCAGUAUGACAAUCCACUCCAGAGCCACCAGUCACCACAACCACUGCAUCCAGACAAUAAGCUAACUCCGAAACGGAAAUCAAGCUUGGACAAAAGCUCAGUGGACUAUCGUUAUGAGCGGUUUGAGAAUGCUCCAAGCACAACAACCGUCAGGAGGGAUCGUCGAAGGGCUCCUCGGCCCAAGUACAUGGAGGAAGAGAUGUACUUCAUUUGGUACCACCGUAUUGAUCUUGAGGAGGACUGGAAGGAAUGUGCAGACGCCUUUAAUCGGCAAUUCCCCACGCAAGGUCGAAAUGUCCAGGGAAUUCAAUGCAAGUUCUACCGCUUUAUCAAUUCAAAAAGAUGUCCCACUGUACGAGAACAGCGACGACUGAAGGACGACCAGCUUGUGGGCAGUCGACGGCCGCGUGCUGAACGACUACCAAAGUACGGGGUUAUCGAAUGGUGUAAUGUCUGGUAUCCGUGGAUGAAUGCCGACCACGCUGUUCCUGGGCUUCAAGUAGGACCCAAGGCAACUCCUGUCGGGCGUGGUGACGACCAGCGAACGUCUUACAGCCGAUCUUCCUCGGAGGCAUCGAGCCCAGAUCCAUACUCGCCCGGCUCCUAUUCAGACGAAACCGAGAGUCAGGAAGAAGAUGCCCAUUAA